UGUUUUUUCACCCCAGAGGACUGACUCAUGUCUUUAUUAACUUUUUUUUUUUUUUUUUUGUCAUUUCUGUUAUUCUGCAGUGGUUUAAAAACAUCACACCUGAGGUUUAGCGCCAACAGCCGUUGAUGAACUUCUGACAUACCAGGAGUGGACGAAAAUUGGCCCCUCAGAUAUCCCUCAGCUGGAACUCCCCCAGAUGACAGACACCCCCUGUCGUCUCCAUUCCGCCGCACUAUCCCAGUAGCCUUUGACCUCCCCAGCACCUCUGCCUCUCUGCGCGGCUGCCCUCACAUUCCAGUAAAGGCUCUGAAACCUGAGCCCGCGGUGAGCUCAUCGCCGGGGCCACGGAAUCAAGAGUUAAAUGAUACCAAAAAACAGAGAAAGGCUGAGAGGGAAGAAGGGGGAGAGGCAGCCGUCUGAGUAGGACAGGUCUGGAACUGGUUCUGUGUGUGCGCUUGCCGGGGCUUCUCGAGGGGGUUAAGUUACACCAGAGCAAGCGAGGAGGAAGAGGAAGAAGAAACUGCUGGCGUCUUUGAAUUCUCCCCUGCUUUUGUCUGUCUCGUUUUCUUCCCCCGGCUUUUCUCUCCGCGGCCUGACUGACUGGUGCCUGGAGUUUCCUCUUGACACACUCCGGCAAGCCCGCCGCACUCCAUCCGCGCUUUCAAGUUAACGAGCCCCGCCGGUCUCGUCCUGGUGUCUGGGAGCCGGGGCCGGGAUGCGAGUGUAACGCUGCGAGGUCGCGCUCUGCACUCUCUCAGCGCCUCUGUUCUUCUGUGACCCUGCCAUGACCACCAAGUGUCUAAAGAUGGUCUCUCGAUCCAAAUGUCACCCCCCUUGGACUCUGACCUGGUCGGGGACCAGCAGUGUGUGACGGACAGGCGAGUGGAGCCUGCGGUGGCUUUCUACUGUGUGGCUUUAAAUUGGCCCUGGCUGAGCUCUGCAUGGAGCAGUGAGUGAAGAGUCCUGCUAUGGUCUGAUGUCUCAGCAUGGAUGGAGUCAGUCAGAGGACUGGCCACCACUAAUGAGACCAUCGCUCUUCAGCUGAGGACUAGCAUUUACAGGAUUACUCCCACAGUUUCCUGCUCUUUUCCCAGCUAACUGCAUCGUUACCAGCCUCUCCUAGGUGGACUUUUCGUGGGCCCGGUUUUCGUUGGAUAUAUGCGUCAUUGCCUUUUUAUAUUUGUUUAUUGUUGGUUUCCAUUUCCAUUCUUUGUUUUUCCACUAUGGAGUUUCUGGCUGGACAUUGGAAUAAAGAUUGGGCUUCAUUCUUGCAGUUUUGGUUGACUGUCAUCCUAAGCCUCCAAAUGCAAUUCAGGCCGGGUGCUUCUUGCCCGGAUGAGUGUCGUUGCGACAAAACCUUUGUGUACUGCAACGAACGCAGCCUGACAUCAGUGCCUCUGGGGAUGCAGGAGGGUUACAAGGUCCUUUACCUACACAACAACCAGAUCAACAAUGCUGGCUUCCCUAUGGAACUUCACAAUCUGGAAUCAGUGGAGACUGUGUAUCUUUAUGGCAACCAGCUGGAUGAAUUCCCCAUCAAUCUGCCCAAAAACACCAGGGUCCUGCAUCUCCAGGAGAACAAUAUCCAAACAAUCUCCAGGGCAGCCCUGGCCCAGCUGGCUAAACUGGAGGAGCUGCACCUUGAUGAUAACUCCAUCUCCACGGUGGGGGUGGAGGAAGGGGCUUUUAGGGAGGCAGUAAGCCUGAAACUCCUCUUCCUCACCAAGAACCACUUGAGCAGCGUUCCCAUUGGCCUUCCCGAGGACCUGAAGGAGCUGCGGUUGGAUGAGAACCGCAUUGCUGUGAUUGCAGAGGAGGCCUUCCAGAAUGUGACACGCCUGCAGCGCCUCCUGCUGGACGGGAACCUGCUGACGGACGAGGGCAUUGCACCAGGGACCUUUCAGGACCUGGCCACCCUCCGUGAGUUGGCCUUGGCCCGUAAUUCUCUCACCUUUCCCCCUCCCCUUCUGCCCAGUCAGUCACUGGUCAAACUAAGUCUGCAGGAGAACCAGAUUGACCAGAUCCCUGUUGCGGCCUUUGCUGACCUAAACAGGCUGGAAAAACUGGAUAUCUCCAACAACCAGCUUCAGACUCUUACACAGGGUGUGUUUGACGGCCUGUCGAGCCUGAGGCACCUCAUAGUGCGAAGCAACCCCUGGCGCUGUGACUGUGCGGUGAAAUGGGUGGUGGUGUGGCUCAAGUCCUUGCCUCCAUCCAUCAACGCUCGAGGAUUCGUGUGUAUGAGUCCAGAGAAGGUGCGUGGCAUGACAAUCAGAGAGCUUACGCUGGAUAUUAUCGAGUGCCCCGUCUAUCCCGACCAGCCAGCCUGGCCUACCCUCCGCUCCACACCCCCUCCCCCUCCCACCACGACCCCCAUCACCACCAUGAUCUCCACCCUCAUCACCACAUCUAUCCCUUACUACUUUGACUCCCCAUCCCCUCCUUUACCCCCAGUCCAUAACAACCCCCCUGGGCCAAUGCCUCCUUACGAGGACCCCCUUCAGAUCUCCUUCCACGUGGUCAACUCUACCAAUAUUGAGGUGAGCUGGGCUUCCUAUUUCACCGUCACAGCCUACAAGGUCACUUGGGUCAAAAGGGGCCAGAGCCAAAUAAACGAGGGGAUGAGGGAGAGAACGGUGAGUGGGGAUCGGCGGCAAAUCAGCCUCACCAACCUGGAUCCCCGUUCUAUGUACCGGAUCUGCGUGCACGUUCUGGACACCCUUAACUCCUACAGGCCCGGAGAGGAUACUAUAUGCUCCGAGGCCAGGACCAAGCCGCCCCCGUCCCCUAAGCCUCCUGGCGGAGAGCAAGCUCCUCAGGACAGCAUCAACUCUACGCUGCUAAUGGCCGGGAUCAUAGGCGGGGCGGUCCUUAUUAUCCUGGUUACACUGCUCAGCCUGUUCUGCUGGCAUGUGCACAGGAAGAGCCGGUCGUCUUCGACCAAGUGGAAAUACAACCGUGGCAGGAGAAAAGACGACUACUGUGAGGCUGGGACCAAGAAGGAUAACUCCAUUCUGGAGAUGACUGAGACAAGUUUCCAGAUAGUGGCACUGAACAAUGAGCAGCUGCUUAAGGGAGAUUUCCGCAUUCAGCCCAUCUAUACGCCCAACGGGGGCAUUGGAUUUAGAGACUGUCACCUCAGUAACAACAGCAUAGCCUACUGCAAGAGCAGCAACGUGCCCAGUACAGAGUUCUGCCACACGUGAUGCAGCAGGACACAGUAGAGCGGCAUCCACACACACACACACACACACACACAAACACACACAACAGAAACAUUUGCAUAAACACACACACACACACACUUACACCGUUUGUGUAGACAACAAAAAAUAUAAAAAUUCUAGUGAAAUAUAACUGUACUAUAUAUAUUUCCAAGUUCUGUCUACAAUGUAAUUUAUACUGUGGAUAAUAAUGUGGGAUUCUCUGCUAUCUUUUUUAUUCUUAGAAAAAGAGAUACAAGUGUUACUUUUGUUUUAUAACCAGCAGGGUUUUGAAAGUUGUUUUAAUGGUCAGUACUGUACAUGAACAUGGAUUUGUACAAUCACGGCACCCUGGGUGUAGCUUCUGACAAAAACGUUGUCAGCCUUGGAAAUGUUUAGGGGCGCUUUAGAGGGCUGGGAUCCUUUGCUAACCACAGAAGCAAAAUAUGGCCUUUUUGUGCUUUGAAACCCUCCCUGGUACAACAGAACAGUGGUAAAAGACAACACAGCACAGGGGAAAUCCAAACACUGCUGAUUAGAGCGUCGUGGAAAUAUAGCACUGGUUCAGUGGUGGUUGUGUUGUAAAAAAAGAAUCGAAGUGCACUUUCUUAUUAAUGGUAGCACGGCAGGAAAUGAGCAGAGGUGGUUGAUCACAUGCAGGGGAUUUGGACGGGUGUACGAGGAGAUGUCAUCGGUGCUGCUGAAGAGCCUGGGCUGAGAUUUCCCAAAAGUGCCUUAACACUAAAAGCAUCUUUGUUCUAUUAGUUUAUAGUGGAAUGAAGAUGUGACUAGUUGAGGCACUUUUGGAAAACUCUGGAAAAGGAUGUGCCACUUUCAGCAAAUACUAGUAUUAACAUGGGCUUAAAAGCAACAAAGGAUCAUUGUCUCUAAUGAGGUGCAUGGAUGUGCUGAGACUCGCACAUCCUUUUGAAGAAAUUCCCUAAUUUGUUCUGCUUCUUUUCCCCCCUUGUUUUGGCAAGUCAGGCCACAAGGGGGCACUUUCCCUCAGCAUCGUGUGUGGGACAGAGGAAGAGAGGGCAGAGGGAUCACUUUACCUCCAACAUUCCCCCGGAGCCCAUUACCCAGACAAUAUUACUCAUGCUCAAACGGCAUUGUGCAGAUACUUAAUGAUGUGGAAUCAUUUAAAACUAACAGUGUUUUGUGUGUUUGGUGGCUAAAUGAUAUGGAUUUUCCCCACUGUGGUCUAUGAUGGGAGGAAGGUUGUUCCCUGCGUGCGGAGAGAGUGUGAUGAAUUUUGAGAUGGGUCAUCCACAAUUCUAAUUAUAACCCCACAUAUUUCACCCUUGUCCAAGCGUUAAUUUGAGUUCAUGAUAAAUUAGGAAAUUACAACAAUAAGAUUGUGCCCAGUGCUGAGACUAAGCGUCAUUUAUCCUUUUUCAUUUACGGUUCGCUCACCUGAACAAUGCGUCGGCUCACUUCACAACAGCUGUUUCUGCUAGGAUGAUUCUCGAUGUGUCUACGCUCAUUUACCCCCUUUCCAUCCCUGGCUGUGUCAGUGUCUUACUCUACAUUCUAAUCCCUGCAUGGGCUCAAUUAAAAUAGUUUUCCUGCCCUUCAGUUCACGGACUCAGAUGGCAACUCUUUGCAUGUAAAGUGACAAUGAGAGGUCUCCAUUAUGCACUUCUUAAGAAGACCUUAUUUGAUUUGACAAGAUUUUAUUUUGAGGGUCAAGGCUUCAAGAAUCCCCACUUCCCACCCCCUACUCCCUUUCCUUUCCCUCUUCUCAUAAUCCUCAACCAAAAAAGGGAGAAAAAUAUGUAGACUUUAUUUUCACUUGGCUGUAUGAAGCUCGCACUGGAAGAUAUUUUUUAACUCUUUGUGGGGCACACAGAUUCCGCUUGAAUGUGCCAUGCAGUCUAAAGAAUCAAGCAUUCAGAGUAGAAUGAUUUUCAAGGGCUCGUACUCAAAGUUAUUCCAGAGUGUUGAGAUUAUUUUGGGGAGGAUUUACCUCAGCAGUCAGAGUAUCUCAGAAGUAGCUGCACUCACUGUAAUUCCAGCAAUAGCUCAGAUCACAACCAUAUGGACUUUGAGACGCUCACAGGAUCAGUGCUUAAAAUCUAAAAGGAAUACAUGUCAUGUUAUGUGUUAAAAUUUUGCUUUAAAGAAGAUAAUUGGCAUAUUUUUUUUUUUAAUUUAUUUAUUUUAAUUUUGCCUUUUUCUUCAAUUGUUUUUCAAAGCAUGCGUUUCCAAAUAUUUUAAACAGUUGCGGGCUUGCCGUCUCUCUAAUAAGAAAACAUUUAAAUAAGUCAGUUGACAUUUUAGAAGAUUCAGUCAUUCACUUUUAGUUUUUAGAGUUAGCUGAGAAGAUUUAUACUACUCAAAAGAUAAAGCUCCAGCCGGCAGCCAGCUAGCCUAGCUUAGCAUGAAGACAUUAAACAAAAAACAGCUAACAUAGCUCUGUUCAAAGGCAAAAUUUUCUGACAAUUUGCUGAAAAACAAGUCAUUUUUAGACUUAGGUUUGGAUUAGCAUUUGCUUUGGAUGUGCAGGUAGAUUUGGUACGUACAGCUAGGCUAACUGUUUUUCUUCUUGUUUGCAGCUAAGCUAAACAGGCCCCAGCUCUAGCUUCAUAUGUAGCAAAAAAAAAAAGGAUUAAUUUGUUUUGUUUUGGUUUUGCAAUAUGUUGAACAAUCCUUUUAAGUUCGUAGUAAAAAAACAAACCAAACAAAAAAAAAAAAAAAAAAAACACCUCUAAAUGAAUGGUCUGUCCUGGUCAUGGUCUGACCUUCUGUGGUUAUCAAAGCAUCUCCACUUUUUGUUUAAACCCUUUUUCUACUAAUAGCCACAUAUCAGCACAUCCAGUACCUUGAGAUACACUAGGCUGCCCUGACCUGUGCUUGGAUCUACCCUGCUGAACACCUGACCGAGAGUUCAUCAUGUGUCGUUUGCUUCAUGCUGCACCAGCUGAUCAUAAUCCCACACAGCAACACUUGAACAUGUACAACUGAUACUGUGUAGAUUCUUUUUGAUUUUUUGUUUAAGUUCUGAACAAAAACCCUAUUUUAAGUCACAUGCUGAUCAAACAAGUCAGGUCAAACCAUUGCAACAUAUAGUAUCUGCCCUGUCUGUGAAUGUGUAACGGAGACAGAUAUUUGCCUUACCUUUUAUGCAGGACUGAAUGAUUAGCUAGAGGGAGUUAAGCAGGAGGAAGAAAAGGAGCAGAAAGGAUGGGACAUAAAGAGACGGCAACCAGACUGCUAAGCAGAAAGCACAUUUCUCCAACCGACUGAGCGUUAGCAGGAAAAACAACACAAAGCGUGACACGCGGUAGCUAUCGACAGACUGUUCAUCCAUAGUGCCAGAAAUUAAGCAGUGCGUAAGGAUUCAAGCAGGCCGGGAAGAAGCUUUGUUGGUUGUUUCGCAUCGUACAUCACUCUUUAAUUUUGAUGAAAGAACGGGGCUGCAGUGCCAUGACCAAUGAAAUUACACCAAACACAUAAUGGACUGAAAGCGUCGGUUUAUUGCUGUUUCAGGGUGCCGAGGAGCUCAUUGAUUCACGUUGAAAUAAUUAUGUUUAAUCACUGAGCGGUCAAUUCCGACAGAACAUGUGAAACUGAAUAGAUUUAGAGUCACAUUUUCUUCCUGCAGGCAAAACCUUUCCUGCAAAUAUCUAAUAGCCAGUGAUAUUCAUUCAAGAAUUUUUGCAUGUACUGUAUUUAGCUUCAUAGCCUUUCUUUUUCUUUUUUUUUUUUUUUUUUUGUCAUACUAGGGUUUGGACUUUUUUUUUUUUUCUUUUUCCAAGCAAUCACCCCACUGGUGGCUGAGAUACAGCGUGAGCAACCAUACACAAAGGUUUUCUUGUGGUUUAGAGGAAGUAAGCUGGAAAUUUACAGUGCAUGUAAAAUGGCUAUGUUGGGAUACUUUGCCGUCCUAGCUUCUGGCUUCUCAUUGAGACACCGCAGUGUUACGUUACGCCAUCCACACCGUUUUUCUUAGGAACCAAAGUUAAAUUUCUGUUCUCAUGAUGAAAUAUUGAUGUUGUUCCAUGUAUGUGCCUUGAGGUUGAACUUACAAUGUAAAGUCCUUGAAACCUUUAAAUGUUUUUGCACAAACUGUAAAUACUUAAGUGAAGCUUUUUGAGAAAUAAAAGAGCCAUUGGAUAUGAGA